CAUUUAACAAGUUCAACAAGAGCAAAAUUAAAACUAUUCUUGUUAUGUGUUUGGACUUUGGCAUGAGAGCUACUCAUGCAAACUUUCUUGUUGCCUACGUCUCUAACAAUUCUGUCUCUUUGGUGCCCUCAACUAGCUAAAUGGCAGAAACAAACAGCUGCAUACUGCAAUAAAACUUGCUUCGAAAUCUCCAUACUUGUUAUAAUACAAGCAGCCAGCAUACAGUGUAGAGAUCCCUAUAAAUAGAUCAUGAAAUUCAAUGCACAUCAUCUUCAAACUAUAUUGAUAUCUAAUUAAGUUUUCCUAUAGCCUCAAACUUUCAGCCUCAUAGAUAAUUACAAUCAUGUCUCCCCCCAUCUUUAAAGUGCUCACACUGAUCAUAUCUGUUUUUGCCAUCUUGCAAAUAUCAACAGCUGGUGACCCAGAUAUUCUCACUGACUUCAUAGUCCCACCCAACACCAUACCUAAUGGCAACUUCUUCACCUUCACUGGCUUCCGUGCCAUUUUUUCACCCAACAACAUUGUCUCAGCUUUCAAAGUGUUGAAGGCAACCAAGGUAGAAUUUCCAGCCCUCGAUGGACAAAGUGUCUCAUAUGCAAUCCUUGAGUUCCCAGGUGGCAGCAUCAACCCACCACACACACACCCUCGUUCUGCAGAGUUACUCUUCGCCGUUGAGGGUUCCCUUCAAGUGGGGUUUGUGGACACAACCAACAAGCUCUUCACUCAAACACUACAAACCGGAGACCUCUUUGUGUUUCCAAAGGGUCUCGUGCACUUCCAACACAAUGCAGAUCCUCAGAAGCCAGCACUCGCUAUAUCUGCCUUUGGAAGUGCCAGUGCUGGGACUGUGUCAAUUCCUAGCACUCUCUUUAACACCACCAUUGAUGACAAUGUCUUGGCUCUGGCCUUCAAGACUGAUGUUGCCACCAUUCAAACUCUGAAGAAAGGCUUUGCUCCUAAAGCAUGAUGAUAAUGGAUAAUGGAUAUUCCCACUAAUUACCGCCUUUAGGUUCCAUAUUGUAUCACUUUGUUUGCUUUGUUACACAGGCUUCCAAUUACCCCCGCUAGUGUUUUGCUGUUCAAUAAUAAGUAGCUCUACAAAAGGGCAUAAGAUGCGAAAUGCUUGAUCUAAUUGUUGUUGUAAUUGUUAUCAAUUGAAAUACAAUAAAUAACUUUCUGGUGUUAUCAAUUUCAAA